GGGCCACUAACUUCUGAGCUGCCACUUACUUCUGACCCACCACUUACUUCUGAGUCCACAAUCAUCUCACAGUCCAGCACCAUCAAACCUCAUCAGAAGAAGGUGCCUCUCACUCCCACGGAUUGUUCGGAGCGGCCGGAGAAGGCAUCGGGCGUGUACAUCAUCUACCCCAGCGGCGUGGACACAAUCUACCCAACUGCCGUCCAAGUUUACUGCGACCAGACGACGGACGGCGGCGGCUGGACGGUCUUCCUGCGGCGCCAGAAGCAGGAGCCUCAACUCAACUUCAGUCGAACCUUGGGAAUGUUGGGUACACAGGGAAUGUUGGGAGUGGAAGGCGGUAAAAAUUACACGCUGAGGGUCGGCGGCUUCGACAACGUGAGCAGCUCUGCCUACGAUGCCCUCACCUACCACGACGGCAUGCAGUUCUCGACCAUCGAUCGUGAUCGUGAUUUGAAACAUGGAGGAAGCUGCUCGCGAGGGCUCGGUGGCGGUGGCUGGUGGUACAACGACUGCUAUAAAGCGAACCCUACAGGCGUGUACGGCGGCGACAGUCCUGCCGAGAAGACCACUGGAGAGUUCUUGGUCUGGAGAGUUGUCUACCAGAAGCACGUCACUCAACUCACCCUCAUGAUCAGACCAAAGGAUUAAUAUGUACAAUAUGAUGGAUUAUGUGGCAUAUGCUCAAGGACAUGCAGGAAGUGCUCCGGGACAUGUAGGGCAUGCUCUAGGCAUGCAGGAAGUCCUGUAGGACAUGUAGGGCAUGCUCUAGGCAUGCAGGAAGUCCUGUAGGACAUGUAGGGCAUGCUCUAGGACAUGCAGGAAGUCCGGUAGAACAUGUAGGGCAUGCUUUAAGACAUGCAGGAAGUCCUGUAGGACAUGCCGGAAGUCCUGUAGGACAUGUAGGGCAUGCUCUAGGACAUGCAGGAAGUCCUGUAGGACAUGUAGGGCAUGCUC